AUGGUGCGAACAACAUCCACCAGCGCCCUGCUGAUAUGCUGCCUGCUGCUGGCGAUGCCAGGAGGAGGAGCGAGGGGGGAAGAGACUGAUCUCCUGCUCGCAGCUACUUCUAGCUCCAGCCUCUUCGAGCUGUACUCGCAGCAUCAUCGUGCGGCCCUGGAGGAGGCUCGAACGAACCCUCGCGCUGCAAGGAUCCUGGUGUGCCAGCCAUUGUACGGGCUAGCAAACCGGCUGAGGGCGAUGAUGAGCUGCUUUGUGAUUGCUCUUGCAACCAACCGCAUCAUGUUUGUAGACUGGGAGCACCAGCACACGAAGUUCUACGAGAAGGAGAUCCGAGACAUGCCUGGCGGGCAGCCAGCCCGACUAGGAGAUCUGCUGGAACCCCCCGGGUUUGCGUGGGAUGCGCAAGAUGCACGAGGUCUCAUCUCGGAGCGCUUUUCCAGUGGGAAAGUGCUCCACCUUGCGGAUGACGUGGAGAGGGACGAGACGCUCUUGUGCCGGAACAUAUCGUCCGCCCUGUCGCAGUAUGACGUGGUCACCUUGAAGACCUACUUCUGGUGGGAGCUUGCCCUUCACAACCCUCUGUAUGAGGAGAAGUUUGCGAGGAUAGCGGGAAGGGACGAGAUCGGUGUGAUAAACAUCUGGAAGGAACUUGGCCCGAGGCUGUUCCGACCUGUGAAGGAAGUGCGAGUGAUGAUGUCAGCGUUGGAAAAGCUCUUCCUCCCCGACCGGCUCAAGGUCGGGCUCCACAUCCGCAUGGGAGGGAACUGGUUCGACCAGGCGGACAAGCAUCCAAGGGGAGACAAACUACCAGUUGAAAUCGCCAAGUGCUCGAUCGCUGUCAUACCAAGGGAGCGCCGGGAGGAGCCAGUGACUUACUUCCUUGUCUCUGACAACUCGACAGCAAAGUCGAUGGCGAGAUACGUGAGGGUCUUUGACUAUCGCAGCGGCUCCAGGAUCGUCAUGCUGGAUGUUUGCUAUGUCCAAGGUGGACAGGCUGGUACGCAGCACGGGCUCAACCUUCAUGACUGUAGCGUACUCCUUCCUCCCAAAACCAACUUGGUAAAAAGAAGCCCUCCUGCCCCUGCCCCUGCCCCUGCCCCUGCUCCUGCCCCUGCCCCUGCCCCUGCCCCUGCCCCUGCUCCUGCCCCUGCCCCUGCCCCUGCCCCUGCCCCUGCCCCUGCCCCUGCUCCUGCCCCUGCCCCUGCCCCUGCUCCUGCCCCUGCUCCUGCUCCCUCCUCGGCCCCUGCUCCCUCUUGCUCCCCUCCUCUUGCCACGGCCCCUGCUGCUCGUGCUAAGACGAGGAGGAGGUACGUCGAGGAAAGGAGCCUCAACUGCCACAAACAAGCGACAAACGAGCCCAUGGCGCUCGGCAACAGCGAUGCGAUCAUCAACCAAGUGGCAACGUGA